AAAUUAGACCUUUCACUUCACUGCACUUCCUGUCCGAACCUUCUGAUGCGGUCACGAUGCGAGGAGGUGACGUCCUUCUGAACUGCUCAGCGGAGUCAGACCGAGGAGUGCCAGUUAUCAAGUGGAAGAAAGAUGGCAUCCACCUGGCCUUGGGAUUGGAUGACAGGAAGCAGCAACUUCCCAACGGGUCUCUGUUGAUACAAAAUAUACUGCACUCCAGGCACCACAAGCCAGACGAGGGACUAUAUCAAUGUGAAGCAUCUCUAGGAGAGUCUGGGUCCAUCAUUAGCCGGACGGCGAAGGUGGCAGUAGCAGGACCCCUGAGGUUCCUUUCGCAGACAGAGUCCGUCACGGCCUUCAUGGGAGACACGGUGCUGCUCAAGUGUGAAGUCAUUGGGGAACCCAUGCCAACCAUACACUGGCAGAAGAACCAACAGGACCUGGUACCAGUGCCAGGGGACUCCAGGGUGGUGGUCUUGCCCUCUGGGGCAUUGCAAAUCAGUCGCCUUCAGCCAGGGGACAUUGGGAUCUACCGAUGCUCAGCUCGCAAUCCAGCCAGCUCAAGGAUGGGAAAUGAAGCGGAAGUGAGAAUUUUAUCAGAUCCAGGGCUGCAUAGGCAGUUGUAUUUCCUGCAGAGACCAUCCAAUGUCGUAGCCAUUGAAGGAAAAGAGGCUGUCCUGGAGUGUUGUGUUUCUGGCUAUCCUCCACCAAGCUUUACCUGGUUACGAGGCGAGGAAGUCAUUCAACUCAGGUCUAAAAAGUAUUCUUUAUUGGGUGGAAGUAACUUGCUUAUCUCCAAUGUGACAGAUGAUGACAGUGGGACUUACACGUGUGUUGUCACGUAUAAAAAUGAGAACAUUAGUGCCUCUGCAGAGCUCACAGUCCUGGUUCCACCAUGGUUUUUAAAUCAUCCUUCCAACCUCUAUGCCUAUGAAAGCAUGGACAUUGAGUUUGAAUGUGCAGUCUCUGGAAAGCCUGUGCCCACUGUGAAUUGGAUGAAGAAUGGAGAUGUGGUCAUUCCUAGUGAUUAUUUUCAGAUAGUGGGAGGAAGCAACUUGCGGAUCCUGGGAGUGGUGAAGUCGGACGAAGGCUUUUAUCAGUGUGUAGCUGAGAAUGAAGCCGGAAACGCCCAGAGCAGUGCACAGCUCAUCGUCCCUAAGCUUGCUAUCCCUAGCUCCAGUAUCCUCCCUUCUGCUCCCAGAGAUGUGGUCCCUGUGUUGGUUUCCAGUCGAUUCGUUCGUCUUAGCUGGCGCCCACCUGCAGAAGCAAAAGGGAACCUCCAAACCUUCACAGUCUUUUUUUCCAGAGAAGGUGAUAACAGGGAGCGAGCAUUGAAUACAACCCAGCCCGGUUCUCUACAGCUGACUGUGGGCAACCUAAAGCCAGAAGCCAUGUACACCUUCCGAGUGGUGGCCUACAAUGAGUGGGGGCCAGGAGAGAGUUCCCAACCCAUCAAGGUGGCUACCCAGCCUGAAUUGCAAGUUCCAGGGCCAGUAGAAAAUCUGCAAGCUGUAUCUACCUCACCUACCUCAAUUCUUAUUACUUGGGAACCUCCUGCCUAUGCAAAUGGUCCAGUUCAAGGAUACAGGUUGUUCUGCACAGAAGUGUCCACAGGCAAAGAACAGAAUAUAGAAGUUGAUGGACUCUCUUAUAAACUGGAAGGCCUGAAAAAAUUCACCGAAUAUUCUCUUCGAUUCUUGGCUUACAAUCGCUAUGGGCCAGGAGUAUCUACUGAUGACAUAACAGUGGUUACACUCUCUGAUGUGCCAAGUGCUCCGCCUCAGAAUGUCUCCCUGGAAGUGGUUAAUUCAAGGAGUAUCAAAGUAAGCUGGCUGCCUCCUCCACCAGGGACCCAAAAUGGAUUUAUUACUGGCUAUAAAAUUCGACAUAGAAAAACGACCCGCAGGGGUGAAAUGGAGACGCUGGAGCCAAACAACCUCUGGUACCUGUUCACAGGACUGGAAAAAGGAAGUCAAUACAGCUUCCAGGUGUCGGCCAUGACCGCCAAUGGCACUGGACCAUCCUCCAGCUGGUACACAGCAGAGACCCCGGAGAAUGAUCUGGACGAAUCUCAAGUCCCUGAUCAGCCAAGCUCUCUUCAUGUGCGACCCCAGACUAACUGCAUAAUCAUGAGUUGGACCCCACCUUUGAAUCCAAACAUCGUGGUGAGAGGUUACAUUAUUGGAUAUGGCGUUGGGAGCCCUUACGCUGAGACAGUGCGCGUGGACAGUAAACAGCGAUAUUAUUCCAUUGAGAGAUUAGAGUCGAGUUCCCAUUAUGUCAUCUCCCUAAAAGCCUUCAACAAUGCAGGAGAGGGAGUUCCUCUUUAUGAAAGCGCCACCACAAGAUCCAUCACAGAUCCCACUGAUCCAGUUGAUUAUUAUCCUUUGCUUGACGAUUUCCCCACCUCCGCCCCAGAUGUCUCCACCCCCAUGCUCCCACCAGUAGGUGUACAGGCUGUGGCUCUCACGCACGAGGCUGUGAGGGUCAGCUGGGCAGACAACUCUGUCUCCAAGAACCAGAAGACUUCCGACGUUCGGCUCUACACUGUCCGGUGGAGGACCAGCUUUUCUGCCAGUGCAAAAUACAAGUCAGAAGACACAACAGCUCUAAGUUACACAGCAACAGGCCUCAAGCCAAACACGAUGUAUGAAUUCUCAGUCAUGGUGACAAAAAACAGACGCUCGAGCACAUGGAGCAUGACCGCACAUGCCACCACAUACGAAGCAGCCCCGACCUCUGCUCCCAAGGACCUGACUGUCAUCACCCGGGAAGGGAAGCCUCGCGCCGUCAUCGUGAGCUGGCAGCCUCCUUUGGAAGCCAAUGGAAAAAUUACAGCCUACAUCUUGUUUUACACCUUGGACAAGAACAUACCCAUCGAUGACUGGAUUAUGGAGACCAUCAGUGGCGACCGGCUCACGCAUCAGAUCAUGGAUCUCAACCUUGACACAAUGUAUUACUUCCGGAUUCAAGCACGGAAUUCAAAAGGAGUGGGGCCCCUGUCUGAUCCUAUUCUUUUCAGGACACUGAAAGUGGAGCACCCUGACAAAAUGGCUAAUGACCAAGGUCGUCAUGGAGAUGGGGGUUAUUGGCCGGUUGAUACUAAUUUGAUUGAUAGGAGCACUCUCAAUGAGCCCCCCAUUGGACAGAUGCACCCCCCGCAUGGCAGCGUCACGCCUCAGAAGAACAGUAACCUGCUUGUAAUCGUUGUGGUCACCGUUGGGGUCAUCACCAUUCUGGUCGUGGUGGUCGUGGCAGUGAUCUGCACUCGGCGCUCCUCAGCCCAGCAGAGAAAGAAACGGGCUACCCACAGUGCUGGCAAACGGAAAGGCAGCCAGAAGGAGCUCCGACCUCCUGAUCUUUGGAUCCACCAUGAAGAAAUGGAAAUGAAAAACAUUGAGAAGCCAUCAGGAACUGACCCUGCGGGAAGGGAUUCCCCCACCCAAAGUUGCCAAGACCUCACGCCAGUCAGCCACAGCCAGUCGGAAACCCAACUAGGGAGUAAAAGCACCUCCCAUUCAGGUCAGGACACCGAGGAAGCAGAGAGCGCCAUGUCCACCCUGGAGAGGUCCCUGGCUGCCCGCCGAGCCACCCGGGCCAAGCUCAUGAUGCCAAUGGAGGCCCAGGCCAACAAUCCUGCCGUCGUGAGUGCCAUCCCUGUGCCAACUCUAGAAAGUGCCCAGUACCCAGGAAUCCUCCCGUCUCCCACCUGUGGAUACCCCCACCCGCAGUUCAGUCUCCGGCCUGUGCCAUUCCCGACACUGUCAGUGGACCGCGGAUUUGGAGCAGGAAGAACUCAGUCAAUAAGUGAAGGACCAACCCCUCAGCAACAACCCAUGCUGCCCCCAGCUCAGACCGAACAUCCCAGCAACGAGGAGGCACCGAGCAGAACCAUCCCCACAGCCUGUGUUCGGCCGACUCAUCCACUCCGCAGCUUUGCUAACCCUUUGCUACCUCCACCAAUGAGUGCAAUAGAACCGAAAGUCCCUUACACACCACUUCUGUCUCAGCCAGGGCCUACUCUUCCCAAGACCCACGUGAAAACAGCCUCUCUUGGGUUGGCUGGAAAAGCAAGAUCUCCUUUGCUUCCCGUGUCUGUGCCAACAGCCCCUGAGGUGUCUGAGGAAAGCCACAAGCCAACAGAGGAUCCAGCCAGUGUAUAUGAACAGGAUGAUUUGAGUGAACAAAUGGCAAGUUUGGAAGGGCUAAUGAAGCAACUGAAUGCCAUCACAGGCUCGGCCUUUUAACAUGCAUUGUCCAAUGGAUGAGGUGAACAGUCCAGGAAUUUGGGAGCAUCCCAGUCACCCAUGAACAGCACACCUGUGUCCACAAACUCUAAUCACUCUACAGUUCAAUCAUCUGGGUCACUCGGUGAAGGAAGAUCCUGAAGCAGUCCAGAAGGAAUACGCGUCCCUUGCUUUCUAGACAUCAAGGAUGAUGAAGACUGAGAUCCCUGAACACAAGCAAGAAUGCAUUUUCACUGCAAUGUCAAGGCUGAAGCUGCUAGUAUAGUCCUGGGUCUUUGCCACUGAAGUGACCUCACUGUCAUAACCAGUCCCCAUGUUUUCCUUCGUCAAGGCAUGUCAUUUUGUGUGUAGAUCUACUUAAAAUACAAGUGCAUUAUUGAACCCCUGCCAAGUCCUGGCAAACCAGUGCAAGCUCACUAUAUUUGGUUUUAACUUUAAAUUACAAAGCACCCAUAGCAAUUCUCUCACAUUAUAGCACCAAAGGAUUGGAUGUUUUCCUGACAGCACAAAAGGUAAAUAAGUAAACAAACGAAAGGCAAGGAAUGCCUAUAUUUGUAACUCAGUCAUUCAUCUUGCAGAAACAGCAUAUAUUAGUAACUUGCUGUAAAAUUCACCCAUUUUAGCAAGUAUUUGUAAAUCCACCCUUUGUUAAUGUUUAUGUCUGCAAUACAGGAAUAUAAAAAUCUGCAACUAGUGGCAUUCUGCCAGCAGCAGCACAUUUCCGGAAAGAGGAUACAAUAUGCAAUCUUCUUAGACACAUGGUAAUUAUGUGCUUACGCUUGUAAUAGGACACGUAUCAAUUUGGGUGGUUUUUCUGCCAUACCACACUGUGAUGACAUCUCAAAGCCUCACCAAGGCAUCCUCCCAGGAGGCUGGCCAGGAGGGUCCCCUGUUACUCAGCCCCAUAAUUCCUUUAACACCUUGACAAUUAACUCUUGGAUUAAUGGGUUGUGUCCAUAGAAUACAUAACCUCUUGUCCAAUAUCCUUCCCCAUUUAGCCUC